GCUACGUGAUAAAAUGGCGUUGCUCAUGUCUCCUUUGAUUUUAUGAAAUAAUAAUUUGUGACAAUUUUAGUGUUAAAAGAGUAAUUAUUUAUUAAAUAAUAAAGAAUAAAUCUUCAUAUAGACUAUUUACAAGUUCGAAAAAGAACAUCUUAGUGUAUUACUGAGAGUGCAAUGUCAGAGGAGAUAGAGCGGCAGUGUGAGACGGCGAGUGACAACGCGGGCGGCGGCAGUUCGAAGGAGUCGCGCGUGUUAUUGACCCCGCAUCAGCUCGAUGCCGCGUCCGCGGACUCGCUGCGAGCCGCAUGGAGAACCCAGGACUUGUACAUAGACCACCUCGAAUCGUUGAACAAACAGUUGGAAGGAAGCCUGGAAAAGGCGAAGGAGGUAGAAGAUAAGGUAAAACAACAAUAUGCAGAGUCACAACACAGAGAGAAAGUGCUUGUCCGGAGGCUUGCGGCCAAAGAGCAGGAGAUACAGGAUUAUGUAGGUCAAAUAACGGAACUGAAAUCAUCACACGCGAGUCUCAACGGUCGGCCGACGCUGUUAGAUCCAGCCGUAAACAUUUUAAUACUAAGGCUGAAGCAAGAACUAACGUCGACGAAGGCACGGCUCGAGGAGACACAAAACGAACUCUCAGCCUGGAAGUUUACACCAGACUCGAAUACUGGCAAAAAACUGAUGGCAAAAUGUCGGCUACUCCACCAAGAGAAUGAGGACCUCGGCCGGAUGACAUCUAGCGGGCGGAUAGCGAAGCUAGAGGGCGAUCUUGCGUUACAAAAGAGUUUCAGCGAAGAAGUCAAAAAGUCACAAUCAGAGCUGGACGAAAUCCUGCAAGAGCUGGACGAGGAUGUCGAGGGGAUGCAGAGCACGGUUCUGUUCCUGCAGCAGGAGUUACGCGCGACUCAUGCGAGCGUGAACGGCGCGCGCUCAUCGCCCGCCGCCGACAAGCGGACUUAUUCCGGCUCAAGCGCCGACACGCCGCCGGGCAAACGCCGACGCGGCUCCGAGAUCUCCCUCGACUACAAUGAGGACGAGAACCCACUGACCAUCAUGCUAACAAUAUCGAACGGCAACCCGCAAAACCAAGGCAUCCUGCUGGUGGCCGGGUCGCAUGCGCGGGAGUGGAUCGCCAUCACGUCUGCGCUGAUCAUCUUGCGAGAGAUCGCCACCAAGUUUGACGAGCAGCCCAAAUAUGUGCAAGAUAAAGAUUGGCACGUCAUUCCGCUACUAAACCCGGACGGGUUCCGGUAUACCUACCAGCGCGACCGGUUCUGGAGAAAGAGUCGCGGCCGCAACGUUAAAUCCAAUUGCAAAGGAGUGGAUUUGAACAGAAACUUUGGAACAGACUGGCAUAUCAAAGGUGUUGCAGAAAAGCAGCCGUGCAAAGAACUUUAUAGCGGACCGCAUCCAUUUUCAGAGCCAGAAACAAGGGCUUUACGGAGUAUCGUCGAAAAACUGAAAAGCCGUUUAGUAGCCAUGGUGGAUUUCCACUCUUUUGGUCAGCUGAUAAUGUUUCCAUGGAGUUCCAGGUCUAAGCCAACUGCUGAUCAUAAUCUCCUAGAAAACACUUCUAAAGUGAUGCAGAAGGCAAUAUUCGAAUACAAAAAUAAAAGCUACACCACUGGUCAAACAUACCAAGUGAUCUACCCUGCCUCAGGAUCUCUACUCGAUUGGAUGUAUUCUGUCGGGAUACGUCAUAGCUACGUCAUCGAAGGCCGCGAUACAGGCGAGCAUGGCUUCCUGGUACCCCCUGUGUAUAUCCAGGAGGCAGGUCAAGAAAUGUACAUAGCAGUCAAGCAGUUAGCAAGCCAUCUCGAUAGAAAAACUUCGGUUAGGGCGCAGCACUAUCCUUGGUUUUAGAUAAGUAUGACCAGACUUUUAACGCAGAAGUAGAUACUAAAAUGUAUGAAUAUCUAACUUACAAACACAUGUUACUUUAAACAUCUAAUGUAAAUUAUCAUAAUUAAACAAUCAUUUUUAAUUUGCCGUUAA